AUGAUAUCGAGUGCUGUCAUCUUUGCAGCAGCCGCAAUCGUCGUGUGCUCAUCACACGGUGGAGUUCGGAACCAUUCCACUGAGAUUAUUCAUCGCGAUUAUUCCACGCAAGCACGUUCUCCUGUGAAGAGCGAUUAUAUUCGACCGUGCUACUUCACCAACUGGGCUCAGUACAGAAAUGGAAGAGGAAAGUACAUGCCAGAAGACUACAUCACCGGCCUUUGUACUCAUAUUUUGUUUGCAUUUGGUUGGAUGAAUGAAGACUACACUGUAAGGUAUGUCACACUUAUUCUUGGUCUGUGA